AUGCAUUAUAGCGCAUCUAGAGUUGUUUCCCUACCACUGCUUUCCUCUAUUGCUGCAGUAAACUCAUCUGUGGCUUUGGACAGAAAGAAAAGAUCCAAAAUUCACAGUGUUUCGUUGAUCUACGAUCCAAAAGUAGCUGCUACUCAAGAUUUUGAAUCUAUAUAUGCUGUUGCCUACGAGUCCUUAUUGGAUUUAGAAACUUUGGACAAGAGAUUUUCCAAGUUCAAACUUUCAUUGUUUGCUGAAAGCUCAAUCUCUAUCGAUAGAAAUGUUCAAACUGCUGAAGCUCUAUCUAAUUUAAACAAUGGUAUCGACUUAUUUUUGAACAUUUUAUUCAGUUCAAAUCAAUUUCCCAAUAAUAAGGAUACUUUAAACUGUUUGGAAUGGUUAAUUAGAAGAUUUAAUAUAAAUAUUCACAAAUCAAAUGUCGAAUCAUUGCUAAUAAAUAUUCUACCAUACUAUCAAAACCCAAUUUUUCCAAGAAUAGUCAGUUUAGCUCAUGUUUCUAAUUUACCACCUUUAUUUAAUUGGUUAGCACCAUUUAAAAAACAAUCUGCUCAAAAAAUGUCACUUGUUGCAAUUCUAAAAGCAUUUCAAGAUUUUGAUUUUUUAAAAUUAUAUAUCAGCUAUUUAACCGCCAAAAUAAAGAAAAACUUACAGUACAAACAAGAGUUGAUUUUCUUUAUUAAAAUUGUUUUAUCUUUGCUAUCAAUCAACUCAAAAAAUCAAGACUAUUUAACUCAAAUUACUCCCAUUAUUUUACAAUUUUCCUCGCUUUUAUUAAACUCGUCGAACCUUGAUAAUCAAAUAACUGCUCAUACUAUUCUUCCAGUUUUAUCUGCAACUUCUCCUUUAGCUUCCGAAGUUAUUGAUGCUGUUGUGGAGACUAUUUUAUCUUCAACAUAUAAAUUCCCCAUUAAAACUUCUAUCGUAUCAAUUGUUAAAAUUUACCAGUCAAUCAACAUUGAUUUACUAGAACCUUUUCCCUUGAAGAAUUUAAAACUAUUGAUUAAAUUUUUCAAAUCAAAUGAAGAAUAUAUCGAUUUGAUUUUUAAUCAAUGUGAAAAUUCUUCCAACAAGUUUUUUUCUUCCUAUUUAAGAUCAAUCAUAAUUAAUCAAAAUUCAGUUAUCACAUCUAAUAAUCAUCAUAUCAACAAAAUAAUAAAUCAAAUAUUACAUUUUAGUAAUUUUACUAAAAGCGAAAAAAGAUUGAUUUUAAUUGAUGCAGUAAAAAUUGCUGACGCUAACAAAACAAUCGAAAAUUCUAAUUUAAUUACAAUCUUUGAAAACUUUAUCAACAUUGAUAAAGAAUUAGUCAAUUCUAUUUUGACUGAAAAUAAUUUGGACUUCUCAAAGCUAGAAAUUAGCUUACAAACUACUUUAAUUCAUAAAACCAAUAAAAAAGGUACUGCCACCACUGGUUUGGUUUCAGAAAUGAUGGAGGUCGAAGAAGAAGAAACUGAAGAUAAUAAAUCAGAAACCCAAAAAUUUAUCUCCACUUUACAAUCAAACAAAACUGAUACUUCAUCAUUUCUUUACACUGAUAAAACAACUAUCAACGAGUUUUCUAAAUUGUUGCCUUUGUUUUCUGAUUCAAUUUCAUUAAAAUUGACCCAGAAAUUUUUCACAGUUGUUUUUGAGCAAAAAUCUUCUUUAAUCACUUUUUUGACUAGAGUUUCUGUUUCUCAAGGCUGUAUGUUGAAAAUUAGACUUCUUUCUUUGAAAAAUCUUAAAAAUGAAUUGUCAAAGUUGAAUGAUGUCUCUUUGAUUCUGUUUUUACCUAUCACUUUAGCCUUAUUACUAGAUCCUAUUCAGUUUGUCCGUUCAAUUGCUGGUGACUUAUUGAAAAUAAUCAAUAAUAGUGAUUUGGGUAAAGAGCCUUAUUUGCUCAAUCAACUUUAUGAUAGUAGUAAUUCUACAGAUGUUAAUCUUUUAAACAAAGAAGAUUCAAAAAAUUUACUUGAAAAACUUAUUCAAAAUUUGAGUGGAUUUAUUAUUGAUAAUCAUCAAUUAUUUGGUUAUUUUUCUUCUCAAUUAUUUAAUACAAGAAAAUUUGGGAAAUUAUAUUUAGCAUUCUUUGCAAAUCAAAUUCUAUUAAUUAAAUUGCCUUACAUAAAAAUACAAUUGUUAUUGUUAUUUUUAAAUUUCCAUAACAACCUGAAAAUAUCUAAAUCUCUAAGAAUUGGUCAAUCAUCUGAAAUAUUUAAAGAAAUUUUAAAUAACUAUCCAAGCUUAAGAGAUUUUUGGAAAAAUUUUUGCGAUUCAUCCAAAUUUGAUUUUAAAAUUUUUGAAAAGGCUAUUGUUGACAUUAUUGGCUUUAAAGAAAAAGCAAGCACUGGAAUUAAUUUUAUUAAAAGUUCUUUACUUUCAAAUCAUGAGCAAUUGUCAAACUAUGUAUCUAAUAAAGUAGUUUUAAUUUGGAAUUCAUUGAAGUUUGACGUUCAACUCAAUUUAUUUAAUACUAUUUUAGAUCAUUAUGCUGAUACAGAAAAUAAUGAUGUUUCUUAUGAUCCUUUGUUAACUUUGCAAUCUUUAGAUAUUCAAAAUGUUGACUUUUUCACUAAUGUCUUCAAAGAUUUGCAAAUUUUUAAGAAAACUGCAACUUUAGAUAAUGCUAGGGAGUCUUUCAGCAUUAAUGGCUCAUCUGCUUUUAUUGCAAAGCGUAGAAGACGCUCUUCAAAUUUAACAAAACAAGUUAUGAAAAGAACUAGCGUUACAAAAGUUGCUGAAUUAUAUUUAAAAAAAUUAACUGCAAUUUUAGAAAUAUAUGAGAGAAAAGCUAAGUUGUAUAUUCCAACUUCGGAUUUGCUAACAAUUUUAUUUAACUUAUUAUCUGAUCUAGAUACAUUAGGCUCGGAUGGAAAUCUUCCUGUUUUAUACGCUCAAGAGACAUUGGCCAACUGUAUUCUUUUGACUGUUGGUAACAUCAAGGACAAUUCAAUUAGCUUGCAGACCAAUCCUGUUAGAGCUGAUUUAAUUGUUUCAUCUAUUCGUUCUUCUCAAUCACCUCAAUUCCAAAACAAACUUUUGCUUGUUAUUGCUUCAUUAGCUAGAAUCAACCCCGAGUUGAUUUUGCAUUCUGUGAUGCCUAUUUUCACAUUUAUGGGUUCACAUACAAUCAGGCAAGAUGAUGAGUUUUCAAACAACGUUAUUGAAAAAACUAUAUUAUACGUUGUUCCAGCCCUAGCUUCAAAUGCUCAAAAUGGAAAAGUAGAAGAGAUUGAGUUUUUGUUAACAAGUUUUGUCAGCGCAUUUAAUCAUAUUCCAAGACAUAGAAGAGUAAAACUUUUUUCAGCUUUAGCUAACACCUUAUGUCCCAAACACUCGAUUCAUAUUAUUUUAUUUUUGGUUGGUUGUCAAUUUUCUGAUUCAUUAAUUGAACAUAAAAUGGGUGAGUGUAGAUCCUUGGUUGAAUUCUCAUCGUCGUUUUUAAAAAGAUUUACUCCAAAUGAUCAAUUGACCUCUAUCAAAUAUUAUCUUGAAUUAUGGAACGAGUUAAAUCUUAUCAAAGAGAUCAAUAGAAACAGAGAAGAAAAUAACAUUUCUGAGAUUGAUGAAUCCUCGCUUAAAAUUUUUGGUAGAUCUAUUUUUGGACCCAGUUUUGUUUAUAAAAAAGUUUUGGAUAUCAGUCUAUUGCAAAAUAAUCUUAUUAAAUAUAUUGACGGCAGUUUAUUCAAUUCAUUGGAUUAUGCUGCUAAUAGUCAUACUUCUUUCAUCAAAUUGGGUGUUGCAAAAUUAUUUUUAACUUCAAAACCUUCCGAUGAGAUUUUCAAAACAUUACUUACUAGUUUUAAAAAUCUUAUUCAAGACAUAAUGCUUGCAGUAAACCAUUCCAGUUUUGAUUCUAUUAAUGAAAAGGAAAAUAAUCCAUUAUUGGAUUUGUUAAACAAUAUUUUAAGUUUAUUACCAUUACCGAUGUUUGUUGACGCUAUAAUCGAACUCAUUCAACCACUUAGUAAAGAACUAUCGGACAAUAAAUUAUUGAGUAUUUCUUCUCAAGUUAUUAGACUAACAGCAACACAAUUUGAUUUGGAAUCAAUAGGUAGUGAAAGUAACAUUAAUUGUGCAAAUCUUUUUAUUGAAAAACUUAUCAAUGUGUUAGAUAUUCAAACAAAUAUAGAGUUAAAACAAAGUUCAUUGGAUACUUUCAGUUCGCUAGUCAAAAGAUUUGGCACUAAAAUCAAUGAGAAGUUUUUAAUUAGAGGUUUAAAUUUUAUUACAGGAAGUUCAUUAAUUGAUUAUAUUUCUAGCCCCGAGAUUAUUAUUUCCUCUAAUAAUUUGAUAUCAAAUAUAAUUACUGUUGUUGGUGUGAAGUCUGUCAGUUUUCUACCAAAAAUUUUGAAAUCAUCUUUUGAAAUAUUUGACAGUUCAAAAUCUAAAAUUAAUAAAAAUAAACAAGAUUUUGAGGAGCCCGAAGAUUCUAUGACAGAUUUGUUGCAAACAUCAAUCAUAUUGUUAUACUCCGGUAUAAUUCAAAAAAUGCCAAUUUUCAUGCAAACAAACAUUAGCAAUGUUUUUAUGAUAAUAUUUAAUUCCAAUAACAUCAAUGAAAGUACUAGAUUAUUGGUUUUGAAUUCAAUUAUUGAAAAUAUGGAAAAACAUGUUGUUUUAAAAAGUCUUUGUUCAUUAUGGCCCGAGGUUUCUAAAUCAGAAGUUUUUAUUUCGGUUGGCUUGUUUUUGAAUAUUAUUGGAAAAGUUGUUAAUGAUCUUGAUAGAAAAACUGCUAAUUUGAAUGCUAGCAUGUUUUUCAAAUUUUUAUUACUUGUUCUUGAAUAUAGAGUUACAAGUAAGUUUGAUAUUAAUACUAUUUAUAGAAUUGAAUCAUUGUGUUUUGACUGUGGAAAUUCAUAUGCUUUGAAAACAGACGAAAGAAUAUUCAGACCAUUGUUUUCAUCAAUAACUAGAUGGGCAUUUAAUGGAGAGGCAGUCACCAAUAAACAAAUUAAAGAGGAUCAAAGAAUAACUUCAUUUUUUAGAUUUUUUAACAAAUUUCAAGAAAAUCUUAAAUCUGUUGUUACAGCCUAUUACUCUUAUAUUUUUGAAUCUGUUAUAAAAUUAUUAGAAAGAUUUAAAAAUGGUGAUAUAAAUGACGUCUCUCUAAAACGAUUAGUUUUUAUGUCGUUGCUGAUUUCUUUUAAAUAUGAUUUAGUUGAAAAAGAGCAAUCUGGAUAUUGGCAGGCGGAAUCAAGAUUUGAUUCGGUUUCAAAAGGAUUGACCGAUCAAUUAUCUAAUAUUGAUGAUGGUAUUGGAAAACACUUAGUUAAAAGUAUUGUUACAUUAUCAUACAAAUGUAAUAGUGAUGAACAUAAUAAAAAAAUGUGUGUUUUGUUGAUUUCUCAUAUGAAAUAUGGUUGCAAAUCAAAAGAAAAGCUUUGGGCAGCAAAAGUUUUGAAAGAGUUAUAUCAAAAAGUUGGAUCAGAAUGGGAAAAUUUGUUACCACAAUUGGUUCCAACUAUUGCAGAAUUAUUGGAAGAUGACGACGAGGAAGUUGAAAUGGAAGUUAGAAGUGGUUUAGUGAAAGUUAUUGAAAAAGUUCUUGGAGAACCGUUAAGCAAGUAUCUUGACUGA